AUGCCGCCUUCUAACGGGCACCUGCUGCUCCCCAAGGUCUGGAGAGCAGCCAGGUCUGCCUACGAGAAGGCCUGUAAAACAUUAAGGUCAAAGUUUCCCGACCAAAUCCCUCAGGGUUCGCUCCGUCUUCAACCUGAAUACAUUAGGGUUGCUCACAGACAACCUAUCAAUCGAGCGGCUGCCAUCCGUCAAGCCCGGAGUCGCCAAUUCUCGACUCGUGCGGCGGGUUCCUUCGUCUCAUAUCUCCGUAGUGGUCUUCAAGCAGACCGUACUGCGACAGCGAAGGUAUCUUCUGUUGCCUCCAAUAUUAGCCGGUUGAAAACCCGUGCUCCUUUCGCGUCCGCUCUCCGCCCGAACUUGACCGGUGGUACGUUGGGCCGCACGGCCGGAGGUUAUACAAUUGGCGCCGGCCGCAUUGGCGGUGCACGAUAUUUCUCACAUGGCCCGGCUGCACCGGCUCAGGUCAUCAACAAUGUGUCAAUGGGUGUGCGUGCGUUCUUCCUCUCAGGGCAGAAGGCUCGAUUUGAUGGGGUCGAUCCUAUCACCGGGAACAAGCGGUACAAGGCCGUCAGCAAGCUUCAGGAUGAAGCUGAGCGCAAGAUGACUGGCAUUCCUCGCACGGCCCCUGGGUCCUUCAUCGACUUCCAGAUAUCUCCUACCAUCACUGCCUUCGGCCUGCAGAAGAAUUUGGCUGCCACCAGCACUUGCGAUGAUCAGACGCUGAACUCGGAGGGCCUCCUGGAUUUGCUGUCUGUCGACUUUGCCCGGACCCUCAAGGAUCUGGCUGUCGUCCUGAAUGAUCUCAAGUGUUUGAAAUCUCUAGGCGACUUGCCCGUCAUACUCCACGACCGGUCUACGAUUAGAGUACGGUUUCCGGGUUGCGAUGCUGAAACUGUUGAGAGGCUUUGUGACGAAGCAGGUAUUCAACGAGGCAAAAUCAUGCAAGAUGAGGAUUUCAACACUCGUACGGGUGCUGAUCUUGCUCUCCUGUUCCCAUUUGCUCCAAGCGUCCCAGCGUCUCCGCAGGUCGAUGAAUACUUCUACAAACCUCAGUCCAUGAAGUCCCAGGCUCCUGAAGAAGUUGAUUGGCAUGCCAUGAUGUCUCCCGAGCAAAUCAGCGACGCGUCGUCUAGUGUGCACAAACAGUCCUCUAACCAGAUAAGCUUUGAGGAUGUAACCAUAUUUGCCAAAAAUCCCUGGGCGUCGCCCUUGUCGGGAUAUUCCAGCAUUAACGUCAGCGAGCUCGGAGACCACGCCUACUUCCCCGAGGCCCUGAGCAGUGGGAUUCCCGGUACCGCCUCCGAAUACGAAGGCUCGGACGGAAUUCGCAAGUUCAUUGCUGAGUGCGAUACGGCUGCGCGAUACUGA